AUGAUGCGACAUUCUCCGGCAAUAAAUUGUGAAUAUUUUGCAAUGUCACUGAUUUCGGGACAGUUCGAAGUUUCAACUUUAAAAUUAUCACAGAAAAUUGGCUUAUCCAAUAUCACUUUAGCUACCAUACAGUGUAGCCCUUAUACAACUGAUCCGGUUGAUUGCAUCGGUGGCGCAUGUUGUACCAAAUCAAACAAUCCAAUUAAAAUACCGUAUCCCGCUCCAGUAAUCUGUAGUAACGGAGGAACAGCUCUGGUGGUUGGUUGUACCACAAAAAUGUCCAAAUGGUGGGCGUAUUUUGGCUUGCAAUGUACUACUUCACAGUCAUGCAUUCCACUAGCCGGAGGAUGUCCAGUAAUAUGUAUUGAUGGAAUGUGUUGUACUAUCGAAGGUUUAUCGAUGAAAUUAUCAUGA